GCAGUGAGCCCGGCCGGCCGAGCGCGGGGGGCGGCCGAGCCCCGGCGCCGCGGGCACCAUGGACAGUAUCCUGGAGCCCUUCCCCGCCGAGCGGCUCUUCCCCGCCGCCGGCACAGGCUUCCUCGACUUCGGCGACUUCAGCGAGGCGGACUUUCUCAGCAAUGUGCAUUUCUCAGAAAACCUGGAUCACUUCUCAGAAAACAUGGAGGAUUUCUCCAAUGACCUCUUCAGCAGUUUCUUCGAUGACCCAGUACUGGCUGAGAAGAACCCUCUGCUGGACAUGGACCUGGACCCACCCACUCCAGGCAUCCAGGCAGAGCACAGCUAUUCCCUCAGUGGAGACUCUGCUCCCCAGAGCCCCCUUGUGCCUGUCAAGACUGAAGAUAAUGCUAACGAGCUGGAGAAUGGAGUGUGGUCACUGGGGCCCAAACUCUGCUCCAUCAUGGUGAAACAGGAACAGAACCUGCCUCUAGAGCUGCCUGAGUCCCAGCUACCUGCCAGCUCCAUACCAGUGCUGAACCUCAACCCUCUGCAGAGACUGCCACUCCCCGAGGAGGUUCCUAUAGAAAUGACUCCAGCACCUGUGAUCAAAGCUGAACCCAAAGAGAUGAACCAGUUUCUAAAUGUACCUACAGAUGACCUGGUGCAGAUGCCUCCAACUCCACCCAGCAGCCAUGGCAGUGACAGUGAUGGAUCUCAGAGCCCUCGGUCCCUGCCUCCCUCCAGCCCAGCCCGGCCUGCUGCUCGCUCUUCUACUGCCAUCUCCUCCUCACCUCUCCUCACAGCACCACAUAAGUUACAAGGAACCUCUGGCCCACUGCUCUUGACUGAAGAGGAGAAGCGCACCUUGAUCGCAGAGGGUUACCCCAUUCCUACCAAGCUGCCCCUCACCAAAGCAGAGGAGAAAGCACUGAAGAGGGUCAGGAGGAAAAUCAAGAACAAGAUCUCUGCUCAGGAGAGCCGCAGGAAGAAGAAAGAGUAUGUGGAAUGCCUAGAGAAAAAGGUAGAGACAUACACAACAGAAAACAAUGAACUCUGGAAAAAAGUGGAGACCUUAGAAAACGCAAACAGGACUCUGCUCCAGCAGUUACAGAAGCUUCAGGCUCUGGUAGCUGGGAAAGUCUCCAGACCUUAUAAAAUGGCUUCCACGCAGACUGGGACCUGUCUAAUGGUGCUGGCACUCUGCUUCGUUCUGAUCCUGGGAUCCCUGAUGCCCUGUCUCCCUGAAUUCUCUUCAGCAUCGCAGACAGUGAAAGCAACACCAGCACCAGACAUUUACACAUCUAGUAAGAUUCAGUCACGGAGCCUCCUUUUCUAUGAUGAGGGGGCUGGCUCCUUAGAAGAGAGCUAUAGCUCCUUCCUAACCAUGGACCAUCCUGAGGGGUGGGAGGCCAAAAAAAGGCAGUCUGAAGAAGGAAGGCCUCAUCUGGCCAGGACACAUGAGACGGCUAAAUAUCUGAGCAAAACCCAGGGGGGUCCUGCCCAGAACCAAACCAACCCAACUCUCAGCCACCUCAAAGAGCAAUUCCGUGAGAGGGAGACAAGCUCCAGUGAGACAACUGAAUUCUUGUAGCAGCUGCUGGACCUCAAGGCCUCAUCUGUCUGAUUGCAGGAUUCCCUCCUCACCAAGCAACUGAGGGGACUUGGCAGGAGAGGACACUGCAUUUAGACGCUCCUAAACUGGCCUUGGGUUCAGCUCCUCCCCUUCCCCAUCGUCCCCAUUAGUGCUGAUCUCUCUGAGGGGAGUCACAGGACUGCCAGAACCAGCAAUAAGUGUCUGGAGAAGCCCUGAGACUCCCUCUUCUCUGGCCUUACCUCCUGCUUAAAUGAGCACUACCCUAUGGAUGUGGGCUCACCUUGGAGAGGAGGGAGAUCAGGGGAAGCCCACAAACUAUUCAGCUCACUCCCCAAAGCCUCCAGACCAAGGGGGCUGUUCCCACAUGUGUACCCCUUGGCUACAUCAGAUGCACCUGAAGGAGAGAGAAAGUGCUGGAUUUACCGUCCUGCCUGAGGGUUUUAGGAGUGGGUGAAGCUGGUGCUGAAGAGAUGGCUCUGGAGAGUUUGAGCUCAUUCCUUGCCCUCCAUAUGUUAGUAUAUUUCUGCUUCCAUUGAGAGAAAACCUAGUUCUUCCUUGCUCUAGUUUUCUCUUGAUGGACAUGCCUACGUAACUUCAACACCAACUAUCUGCAAAGAUCUGCACACAAACGGAGUAGGGGAGAGAGAUCCCAGACAGAUAAAUCACCAUAAAAAUUAGCCAGCAGCUUCUGGGUAACCAGAGCUCUGAAAGAGAGAACAACUUUCCCUCAUAAUCCACUUCUCCCCACCCUUAGCACUCCUCUUUUGGCAGGGGUGGUAUUUUUCUUUCUGUUCCCAGCUUGGGCCCUACAGUGCAGUGCUAACCAGGUCAGUGGUCUUCUCACUUUCCAUUCUGCAAGCCUCCCCCUUUGAGAGUGAGUGAGAAAAACACAUUCGCAUAACCCAACCCCUAUCCCAGCUCUUCAUCCUUGAUUCUGCUUCAUGCCUAAUGGGUCUUCCUAGGAACCACCAAGGAGAGCUCUACAACCCAUUGGAGGGCUGUCAGAUUGUUCCCCUCACAUCCUCUGUGUGCACAAUAGUGUUGUAAAAGCCACUGAGGACAUACUGGCAUUUCUGAGACAGCUACAUCUGUCAUGAAAGAGGUGUUAUGUUGGAAUUGGCCAGGGUCACCAAAGACAUUUUUAGACCUCUUCUUUCUAAAUGCUGACAGCAGAAAUAGCAAACUCUUGCCAUACCACCUCUCAGGCCAAGUUUGGUGUUGAAGUGACAUCAUAUCAAGCCUAUGCCAUUCUCUUUAGCACCCAGACACCCAUUUCUGACCCUUCUUCCUCUCCAGCAAAAUUCCUGCAAAAAGGCAGAAGUGUCUCCUCACACCAUUCCUCAGCUGCCAUUUGAUGGAAGGACAAUGUGGGACACGAGUGUUGGAGAUCUGGGAUGUGGCAGGGUGCCCCUGUGUGACAUGGGAGUCCCUGUGCACUCUGCCAGGUCUCACAGCAGGCUCCUCUUCUGCUUGUUUCUCAUCAAGCACCCUCGACUCACUCUGCACUGCCCCAGCCUCUCCCCUCCCAGGGCGGGAGUGGAGAAGGCUCCCUUUAGAGGAAGGAUGGGAUGGCUCUUGCUCAAGGACUGAGAGAGGUGAGGGAAGGGCCCUCACAUCCUUCUUUUCCCCCUAUUGAAAAUUGGUUUUGCCCCUCCAAGUCAUUUAGGAAAAUUUGGACACAGCUGGCUGCAAUCGUGCAUCCGUGGCCAGUGGGGUGGUGAAGAGGAAAGCUUUCAGCAUUGCUCUGCUCUCCCCACAGGACCCACUGGUCACCAGAUACCACUGCAUUCCCCGUUCUCCACCCCAGCACAAAGAACCACUGCCGGGUCCAAGCACACCCUCCUCCACCCAAAACUUCCACAGAGCAUGUCCCCAUGCCUCCCACUCCCACCGUUGUACAGAGAUCAAGAGCAGAACUCGUUUGUACAUAAUGAAACUUAUUUUGUAUUAUUGCCGAUCCCUUAAGAUAUUGUAUUUUGGAGACUCUCAGAUCCUAUUUUCAGUAUUGUAUUUUAUUAAGAAUUAGUGCGGGCUUGGCAUCUAUGAACUUCUUGUAGCAGCUCACUUUCCACUUAUACUCCAGCAGCUGCUUCUUCUCUCUUAGUUUUUUUUGUGUUUUUUGUACUGUUUUGUUUUCUUUUCAAGCCACCCUUUCUCCUCCUUCUAUCACUUGCUCUGCAUUUGCUUUA